AUGUCAGGAUCGCCUCGACCGAACAACCGUGUGCGCAAAACCAAAGGCAAGGGUCUCAGGACAAGGACAGGAUGGUGCGUCGCCCAAUCUGACUUCUCGAUCGCAAAUCGUGCGACACCCGUGACACUGACACAGAACAGCGGCGCAAACAAUGAACCGGAUCCAUCGACACUGCCUCAAGCCGAGCCACUCACUGCUCGAGAGCCUUCUAGUCAAGAAGCUGACGACUACGAAAUUACCUUGAGUGAAAACGUAGCGACAACAGAUAUAGAUGAGACGCCCUUGAUCUAUUAUGAUGAACACAAUGUCAACCAGAAUAUUCAACUAUCUGCCAACGACAAUUUCAGUCUGCCGGCUCUGGAACCUGCAGCCUUGAAUACGACGAGCCCUGCGUCAACAGCAAGUGGCAAUCUCUACUCUGCAGAAGUCGCUCCCUGGAGAUGGCUGGAUCUUUUGAGACGUGAUGCGACCGUCUCCGAUGACUAUCAGUCCGGUGGCUGCUACCUUGGGCCCGAACAUGACAACAAUGCACACCAACAAGUGGCGACAGGCCAGAUGGGCUUCGACUGUGCAACGAUACCGGAAGUUUAUAUGAGACAAGGAGACGCAUACAACAUCAAAGGCCAGCUUGAGUUAUCGGGCUCAGAAAGAAUACUGUUACGGCACUUUGUAGACAAUAUAUCGUCCUGGUUUGAUCUCACCGAUCGUGAUGCCUCUUUCACGACUUCCGUGCCCGCCAUGGCGCUUCACAAUAGAGGACUAAUGCUGGCCAUCCUCGCAUUGUCAUCGCGACAUCAAUCCCUACUCACGGGUCCAGAAACAUCCUCCCGCAUCGACAGAACAGUCGCCGUGCAAUACUAUAACGAGACACUUCAAUACCUCCAGAUUGCGAUGAAGAUGCCCGAAUACCUCAAGAGCGAAGAGUUGCUAGCGACAGUACUUCUGAUUUCAACAUAUGAGAUGAUAGAUGGACUUGGGAGUGGAUGGGAACGCCAUCUGAAAGGCGUUUUCUGGAUCCAGAGGUCUCAGCUGAUACAUGGCGAGUCUGGAGGUUUGCGACAGGCAAUCUGGUGGGCCUGGCUGCGACAAGAUAUCUGGGCAGCCUUCCGAGGCGGCCGAGUGAUACUCAGCUUCUACACUUUGAAGAAAGAUUGCGCCGAACUCGAUCGCUGGGAGCUCAUCAACAGAGUAGUGUGGCUCCUCGGGCAAUGUAUCAGCUUUGGCUCGGAUGCCGAGGUCGAGGCUGGGAGAACCAACGUGCAACAGCGUAUACAUCGCGCUGCAUUUCUAACUUCGAGGUUGGAUGAAUGGUCGAUCUACUUCGCCAUUCACCGCAAAGAGCUACCUGCCGAUUGCGUCGCUGUACAGAUCUACUACUUUGCCAGAAUAAUGCUGGCCGUUCAUUCUCCGGCUGUCUCGGGUCUGAAAGAGUUGGAACGACAACGCCAGACUCUGGACAAUGCCAUCGAUCAAAUCGGCGGUAUCGCAUGCACAACAAGCGACACUUCUGCGACUAUAAUCUCAACUCAGUGUCUCUUUGCGGCCGGUCUCAACUUGCGUGAUUCAGUCAAGCGAGAGCACAUUGUCAGAUUGCUCAGGUCUCAUCAAGCUCGCACUGGAUGGCCGGUCACCGAUCUCGCGGAAGACCUGCAAGCCGAAUGGGCGAUGGAUGCUUCGCCAGUUCAGGCUCGAAGCUAG